AAUGUUAGUGGUUUACUCUCACAUGCACUUUCUUAAAAUAUUCACUCUAAUUGCCAGUGUUUCUUUUAAAAUGCCUUUUAAAGGUUUCAAGGAGUGUUGGUAGAUGCCAACAGAAAGGAUAAUUUCGUUUAAAAGGAAGAAAAAUAGAGUAGGGUAGGAGCUCUCUAAACACAGGAAGUGCAUAAAAUUUUGCAGGUGCUKUUCCAUCAUUUUCUUUUUUAAUUUUAAUCACAUUAAAAACCUUUGACUUUGCAUAAUUUCUAUUGAAAACUGGAUUGUACAGAUGUCAGUGGCCUUAAAAAUUACUAGGACUGCUUACACAAUACACUGUAAGGAGGGCUGGCAAGGUUUUGGCCAUGGGCAUAAAAAAAGACAUUUGGACUUCGAUAAUUGUUGAGGUCUGGAGUGGUCUUCCCCAGCCUCCCAGUCUGUUCCUCUGUACUGCUGGUGGCUUCAGUUAAGUGUUAUAGAUUAGAACUGUGUGAAGAUGAUGAAGAGAGUUUAGCUCAUAACUGCUAAGGUGUCCUUAACAUUUACUCUAUGUAAGGGAAUCAUUGAUACCAAACAAUUCUGCUGACAGCAUGAGAGUUUGUAGGCUGUCCAUGCAGCAGAAUAUACAAAAAAAUGGUUACAGGUUUCCCAAGGGAUGUAUCCUUGUCCCUAACUGCAGCCAUCCCACCCUGUUACAUUAUGUUUAUAGCAGUGAAUUGAAAUGUGCAUACAUAUGGCAAUUAAGUAUUCCAAGCACUUCCUCCCUCCCAAAAGAACCCACAAACAAAACUAACUAAACAAAAAAUGAACCCACAAAUGUAAAUUCUUUGUCUUUCUUUUAGGGAGAUGACAAUUACAGCAGAGAAUAACAGGUAGAUUUCUGUGUUAUGACAUUUUUGAUAGGCACUGUGUAAGAGAGGAGUAGAAUUCAUUAAUCCUUUCCCCUUAACUGCAAAAGGAGAAAGUUACAAAGUGAUUUGGCUUUGGUUUGUUCAAUCUUCAACCUUUCUAUGCACAUUUCAAACCAAUUUAUUUGUCACACCCUGUGGUGGGUUUUUUUCCCCUCUUAAUCUGAUCUGUAACUCUGAUGCUGCUUUUUGCCCUGCAAUCAUGGGCAGAAGCCUAGAGGACAGUGAGCUCUCUUAAAAUGCCUUCCUUGCCCCGCAGUUCAGUAAGUCCAUGGGGAGUUGAAAACAUAGCAAUUGUGUGGCAGUCAAAUGGUCGUCUCUGAAGUUAUGUUCCACUGGAUUUUAACCAGAAAGGUCAGGAUGACCAAUCCUGGGAGUACCAAUUGUAGCAACCUCCAUAGCAACUGGGAAACACUGGCAGCAAAAGGCUUCCUGUGUCCAACAGGCAAAAGGGUGAGAUUUCUGCAUUCAGACUAAAUCCACGUGGACCAGAUACGCUGUUACCAAUAGCUGGUGAGUCUGAAGUACUUCUAUGUCAAAUUUCUUGGAAUUACCCAGAAAAAACAGCAUAAUUGCCUAUGUCAGUGUACUGUUUUGUGAAGAAAUAGGGACCCUACUCUCAGCUGAAUGGUGUUAAAUUGGGCUUUAAUGUGGAAGUGAUAGAUGCCUUUCUUUGAAAAAUAUUAGAUUCCAUUUUGUUUUGGUUUAUAACAGGAGAGUUUGUUCAGUUGUGAAACAAGUGGAUAUAUUGUGUUGAUUUGGUGACUUAAAGAUGGAUUUUGUAGCAGUUAAUCCACUCUUCUUGCUGGAUUUGCUGUGCUAGUUUUCUGAAAUUAUGUAUAUCUGGGAGUUCAUAAAAAAGACUUUCAGAUCAUAUUUCUUAGAUAAGAGACAAAAUAUAAUCUAAACAUAAGUGCUUAAACUUCAUUUUGUAAAAUAAAUUAAGCACUUAAAAUUUAGAUGUGGUUGAAUUUCUAUGCAAAUUUCAUCUUAAAUGUUUCUAAGCAAUAUUUAAAAAGAAAAAAAUUAAUGGAAGCUUGUCUUCUACAUCUUUUGAAAUUACCAGAGAUAGCAUCACAUCAUCGAUCUUACUGUGACAGCCUUUGAAUAGUUAUCACUUGUCACAUCUGAGCAUCUCAUUCUUUCUCUUUGCAAGCUAUAAUCCUACUGUUAAUAAAACAUGAUAGGACAGCUGAAAAAUCAAAAUAUUUCCUCUUAAUACAUCACUAUAAAUAAAUAACAGGAAAAUGUAAUCUACCAUUGCAUUCAAAACCUGUCACGUUUACUCAGCUUGUCAACUUCAGCCAUAAUUUCUGUCUCGGCUUGUAAAACGGGGAAGGUUUGGCUGGGUCUAUGUACAAGAAAGCUUUAAAGGAGAGUUAGGUAUAAGAAAAGAGAGUUGCGUGGUACAGAGGGACAAAUGUUGGAGGGAGGCGAAAGUGAUUCUUCUCUGGGGGGAUUUGCACAGCAAAUUUGUACAGUAUUUGUAGUUUCCUUGGGUGUAUCUGCCCCUUCACCAGGUUAGGAUUUGGGUGAGUGAAGAUCACUGAAAUCAGUGAUAUGAGUUUAUCUGGCCAAAUGCCAGUCUGAGUAUUUUUGAUUCAGUGUUUUCAAACAAAAACAAACAAUUAAUCAAAAUCACUUUUUCUUGAGGUACACUGGACAGCAUUUGCUUGUGUUAGAAAUGUCAAUAUGUUGUCUCUUCCAGCAGAUCACAGCUGAAUCCUUCAGGUAGCAGCUUUUCCAAUAAUGGCUUGUUUGGAAAGGUCCCUGCCCAGGAGUUACAGGUAUUGCAGUGUGAGGCCAGCUCUGGACAAGUUCUCAUGUUCCAGUGUCAUAUGUACAGUUAACCCCUGCUGCAGAAGCUCUUUUGUAAUGUAUCCUGCCUGGAUCGCUGAGCCCCUCAGCCCCCCGAGGUGCCCAUGGAUUAGCCACUCCCUCGCCUGCCCUGGCCUGGCACAGAAGAGACUGGAGGGAUCAGGGGGCAUUGACAGCAACGUGCCUGUGCUGGUGAGAAGGGAACAAGAUAGAUUUUAUUACUGUGGUACAGUAAAAGAGGAGAUAAAAAGUGAAAGAGGCAUGUUCCUGGUAGAGUUGGCCAAACCACUUGUGUCACAUGGAAGGCAACCAGUGCGUGUGCAAAAAACAGCAAAAGAUGACAUCCUGGAAUAUGUAAGCGGGAUGAAGCACUCCUUACUCCCUGGAGACAGAGUGCUGGCACCCUGGGAGCCAGAUGGGGCCAGGUAUGGCCCAGGAACUGUCCUCACAGGCAUUGAAYGAGACCCCUUACGAGGUAAGAAAGAUGAAGAAAUUAUGGUCCAGUUCUGGAAUGACAAGCAAGUGAAAGUGCCCCGUGGUGUGGCUCUGUGGAUCCCUCCUAGCCUGUGGGAGAGGAUUGUGGAGAUGAUCCACAUGCUCUUCACCAGCAGGGUGAAGCCCAGACCAAGUCAGGCCACCAACUCCUCUAUUUUUCCUGGCAGUCCUAAGCCAGCCCUGAUUCCUGUUUGUGUUGCACAGAGCCUUGCCAAGCACUGCUUGCUCUGCUCUCCCUGCUGGCCACAUCUCCACCACCACUGUGAUGGUGCUAUSUGCUGCUUAUCAGCCUGUGUAAGGUGCUUCUGCUGCUGCCAACCCUGUGGUGGUGCCUGGUGGCCUUUUCCCUCCAGGUCUUUGGUCUUUCAGGACAAAUCUGAAAAGGCAGAGUCCAGCAGUGAGCCCUCUCCAUGCCUUCUAGAACUGAAAGACACAAACCAAGGAGAAACUGCAGCUGUGGCUUCUCCCUCUUCUGAUUCAGAGUGGGACCCGAAGCCAUCCCCCGCCAAGAAUACUCUGGGGGACAGUGCUGUUAACACAGGCCCCAGCUGUCUUGAAAAGCCCAACCUAAAGGAUUCUGCAAGACCUGAGGGGAAGUACUGGAAAAGAAGCUGCCACAAGUCCCAUUCCAGUAAUUCAGAACCUGGAAGUUGUAGCAGCACAUCUACCAAGGGUCAGCUGGAAUCCAAAGCCAUCUCCACUGGGGACACAUCCAGCGUGGUCCUAUCUAAUCAGAGCACAAUGUUUAAAACCAUCAAGCAGCCUCCCAGAGGGCAACUCACAGUGAAUGAAAUCCUAAGAGACCAAGAUUUCAAGCCAUCAUUGAGGGAAGAAGGCUUUGCAGCAUCAGAAAAACAAAGAYACAAAGCGGUAUCAGAUGAUAAAUGUAAAGCGACUUGUGUUGGAGAGGACAAACCUGAUGUUAUAAAUUCUGUCAGAGCUCCCUUGCAACAAAGCAGAGAGAGACAUGAUCAACCAGAAUUCAGUACAUCAACAACUGAUCAAGUUCAGGGGCUGAAAUUUCAGAAAUGACUGAAACCAUACUGUCCUGACUGACGCAUAAAUGUGGAAGUCAUCCACUGCUUGUUCCAACUCUACUACUCUUAAAAGGGCACAAGAUAGACCCACAGAAUAAUUUAGGCUGGAAAACACCCUUAGCAUCACGGAGCCCAACUGUAAACUUGGCACUGCCAAGUCACUGAUAAGGAUGAGUCUCUCUACAGUUUGUUUCAUCCGGUGCAAAACUCCAUUCUGCCCCAGUUGUUUUAGGAUUGACUGGUUACUGUGUACAUAGUGCUUUGAAAUGAUAAAGGAGUUGCUUAAGAGCUGAUCACUUGCUGUGCUGAAGUACUGUUCUCUCUAAUUUAAUUGCAGACUUAGACUCUGUCAUUAGCCCUGCAGACACUGAGCUCCCUGAUACAACAGAUCCUGAAGAGCACAGACUGCAAUGGAAUUCUCAGAGCCUACAGUGCAGUAUUUGGGCUGCAGGGCUGUGUUCGCAAGGAUGGGCUGGCAGAGUUGGCUCCCAGUGUGCCCACCCAGUAGAGCAGUGACACCUGCCAGCCAGASCCAGCAUGAGACCAGUGGAGCUGUGCAUCUGUAUGCUGUACCUCUCAGUUUCUGCUCAUCACAAAGAACUGAGCCCACACUCCUUAUCCCRCAGCAACAUCCCAAAUUGAGUUUGACCUGGUUUUGUUUGGGAUGGAGCUAGUUUUCCUCCUAGGAAAGGAGGAGUUGGCACUGUGCUGUGUUUUGGAUUUAGUAUGAGUAUAGUGUUGAUAAGAAACUGAUGUUUUGGUUAUUACUCAGUAGUGCUCACCCUGUGUCAAGGAUUUUUCAGUGUCUUAUGCUCUGCCAGUGGGGAGGUGCACAAAAAGCUGAGAAGGAGCUGGUCUGUGAUAGCUGACCCAAACUAGCCAAAAGAAAAUUCCAUACCCUAGCAUGUCGCAUAUAUAAUCUGUGAAAGUUGGCUGGGGGGCUGACUUCUCUUCAGGGACUGGCUGAGCACUGCUCAGUGAUUGGGUGCAUCACUUAUUCUCCUUUGGUUUUAUUUCUCUCUCCCUUUUCAUUACAAUUACUGUUGUUAUCAUUAGUAUUACCAUAUUUUCCUUUGUUUCAAUUAUUAAGCUGUUCUUAUCUCAACCCACGAGUUUUAUUUUCUCCAAAUUCUCCUCCCCAUCCCAGCAAGAGAGGCGGGCAGGGAGGGAGUGAGCUGUAAGGCUCUUAGUUGCUGGCUACGAUUAAAUCACAAAAGUGGGAGGGGUUAACUCUAUAUUCAAAACGCAUGACACAAAGCAUUUCUUCACUCGAGAUUCAAACUCUCCCYGAUUUCCAGCACCCAGAUCAGGCUAUCAGCCAGCAUGGGUGGUUCUUAUUCCCCUGAUGACAACAAAGGGUUACUAUGUCACAAGGCCAUUCCCCAGCAGGGAUACUUUGGAGCACUGGAAACCUUCCACUCCUUGUGACACAAUGUAAUUGUGAUGUCACCUGACAUUUCUGUCUCUCUAACCACACUGUAUUUCCACCGAGAAAURAAAAAACCUUUUGCUAAAAUCUACCGUGCUAUGAUACUGUCUAUAGAAAAUGCUGAUAGUGGUGUUUAUCAGCCAAGGUGGUGGCAGCUCUGCCCGUCAGGACAACACCGGUAAAAUGUACCCUACCACACGAUGCUAAACGCCCCAAAUUUCUUCAUCUCGGCCGGCACCACAGGCUCACUAGCUGAACCCUUGCCAUACAAUGAGCAAACCUGCAGUCUCAUUUCUGCAGAAAGAGUAGUGCCAAGAGGGCCCU